UGUUGUCUAUGAACUUGGAUCCCUUUUUUAUAUAUAAGCAUGCCAUUUACAAGAUUGAGAUCUAACCCUUAUUUUGGCGCCUUUCUAUCGGCAUUACCAUGGAUACCGGUAGCUAUAUUCUUUGUUGAUCACGGAUACAGUUAUGCAAGAGUAUCAGGACGUUCGAUGCAGCCUACAUUCAAUCCUGAUUCCAACAUGAUGUCAAAAGAUAUUAUCUUGUUAGAAAAGUGGUCUGCAGCCAAACACAAAUUUAAGCGAGGCGAAGUAGUAUUAUUGACAUCGCCGACUGAUCCUAAGCGUAUAAUAACAAAAAGAAUUAUUGCAUUACCUGGUGAUAUGGUUCAGCCUUUAAGAAAAGAUGAAGAAGUGCCCAUCCCUGCAGGUCACUGUUGGGUGGAAGGUGAUGAGGCAUUUCAUUCAAAAGAUAGUAAUUCAUUUGGACCUGUACCAAUAGGGCUGAUUCACGCUAAAGCAAAAUAUAUCCUAUGGCCGCCUUCAAGAUUUGGCCCUGUUCCUGAUCGACCUAUUAAUCCAAACAGGAUAAAGACAAACGUAUUUAGACCUGUGGCAGGAGAGCUUACUUUUCAAUAAAUGAUCUUGACACAAAAAUAAAGGAAAAUGGCUGACAUUC